AUGGACACGUUUAACGCCGCCCUUCACACCGAUGAUGCACUAUAUUCUGAGCUGUCUCACUGUCUCACGAAGUUGAGAAUGUGCGGUUGGUCCGCCUCUUGGCCAAAAUCAACCCCCUCACCGAACGACCUGAAUACAAUCAUUACCAAUCAUGCCGCCAUCCGAGAGCAUCACCGGCUCAAGCAGGAGCUGUUCGAGGUGUGCAUGCAGCUAGAUCCAAGUGAUCGCGCAGCUGUACAAUCAGAAGAAUGUUCCCUAUCGCCAGAAGCCCAAGACCGUCUGCUCCAACAAGGAGGCGGCGAGCAACCGCGCCGCCCCAAGGACGCCUGCCAGCACCAGCAUCACCGCCAACGUUACUUCGAAAACCUCGCCUUCCCGGUUUCUCUAAUGGCCCGAAACCUGCCCCGGUGCCCGGCAGGGGGGCCCGGCGCGACAAAAGCCAUUCCUCUACCGCACCGCAACCCGGAACGUGACUUCAUGUAUAGUCCUGCGCGUUUUGCGUCACGCUCGUGA